AUGUCUUUAUCUUAUCCACUACAUGGCACGCCUGUCGGUGCUUCAUUCGACGUGAAUCUCGAAAUUGUGUCUGCACAGGGUAUUAAGGCUGGUGACUACCUGGAUAUCAAAGCAGCUUUUCAGGGCCACCUCUCAACAAGUGAUGCGUUUACCGUGAUUAAGGUUGACGGCGAGUCAAUGGCCUGGACACGUCCAGCCUUUAGUACUCUCAAUCCCAAAUGGAACGAAAAGUUCUACUUUAAAAACGUUCCGAAAGACUCACACUUCAAAUUUGCCUUGUUUGACGCCGACAUGAUCGGGGAGGACGAACUUGGAGAGGCGCACUUCAGCACUCUUAGUGUUAUCUAUGAUGUGGACACUGAGUUCGAUCUACCAAUUACACAAGACGAUCGCAAUGCUGGCAUCAUGAGCAUCAAGGUCAAUUUCACUCAGGUCUAUGCCGAUGACGAUGCAGUUGUAGAGGAAGUCGGUCCUGUUCGCUACUCGGUACAUUCCAGCUAUUCAGCAGGCGUGUUUAAGAAGUUGACGUCUGAAGAUGAGAAUAUCAAGUCGUUAGCCUACAUUGUUCAACUACAUAACAUCGCUCUAUACAUGCCUAUCGACUAUCACUGGAACAAGCAUUACCAAAAAAUUCAGCGGGUAUUCUCACCGGAUCAUGCAGAGGCACCUAUUCUACGUCAACUGGUCAAAACACAACACGCUUUGGUGUAUGAGCACAACCAGAAAAGCACGAAAUAUGGCACGAUUAGGGCUCCUGGUGACUUCUUUCACCUUCUCCACAAUGGAAUGCGUGAUGAAAAGCCUGUGCUUUUUACCUACGCAAUCACAUCAAACGGCUGGUUCUUUUCGGAAACAGGCGCCGGUUUCUUUAAAGAUAUGCUAUCAAAGCACAUGGUCCACUCAAAUGCUGCCGAAUCGGUCAAGUACGCGGGUGAAUUUCGUAUUGAAAAAACGAAGAACGGCACACGCAAACUAGUGAUUGACAACAAUAGUGGCACGUAUGCUCCACACAAAGAAAGCCUGCCACGUUUGAAACAAUUAAUGGAAAACAAUUUUCCGGGUAUCGUUUGUGAAGCGUUAAAUCGCAAUGAUGCUGAUUUGGUAAAACGGCGUAGGGAGAUUUUGGACGCAUGGGAUUAA